GCCCGGCCCGGUCCCCGCGGCCGCUCCUCCGCCCUCCGCGUCAAUGCGGCGCCGCCGCUCCGCCGCCUGUCCCGGCCAUGGACACCAGCGACCUGUUCACCAGCUGCAAGAAGGGCGACGUGAGCCGCGUGCGAUACCUUCUUGAACAGCGAGAUGUGGAAAUUAAUGUCCGUGAUAAAUGGGACAGCACACCCCUGUAUUAUGCCUGCCUGUGUGGACAUGAGGAGCUUGUACGCUAUCUUCUAGCCAAUGGAGCGAAAUGUGAGGCCAACACUUUUGAUGGGGAGCGUUGUUUGUAUGGAGCCCUGAGUGACGCCAUCCGACGUCUGCUGAAGGAGUACAAACAGAUCACAGCAAAGUGCAUGAGGAGAGACUACUAUGAUGUCUUCCUGCAGAGGUUGCUGGAGCAGGGUUACCAAAGCGACAUUGUUUUCAUUGUUCAUGGCAAAUCCUUCUGUGCCCAUCGCUGCAUCCUCAGCGCUCGCAGUGCCUACUUUGCAGAGAUGUUUGAGACCAAAUGGAAGGGGAAAAAUAUGAUAGUGUUGAAGCAUCCACUGAUUAAUCCAGCAGCCUUUGGUGCUCUUCUGCAGUAUCUAUACACAGGUCGUCUUGAUAUCGAUGUAGAAUAUGUCAAUGAUUGCAAGAGGUUGGCCAAGCAGUGCCGGCUGCAGGACCUCAUCGAUGAUUUGGAGACCAAAUGUAAAAAAGUCUAUGAAUUUGUCUCUUCCAAGCCAGGGACCUGUGUGAAAGUGCUGACGAUUGAGCCCACAGGUAACUGCCGGCUGCAGGAAGAUCUGGCUCUUCUGGCAGACUGCGCCCUGCCAGCCGAACUGCGGGUUGGUUUUGGGGAGUUGCCGUUUGACAGCACCGACAACUUUAACAGCUGUCCUGAUGUGUGUUUCCGGGUGGAAGAUUACAACUUCUUGUGCCAUAAGGCAUUUUUCUGUGGUCGCAGUGAUUAUUUCAAAGCCCUCCUUGAAGAUCAUUUCAGUGAGAGUGAGGAGCUGCAGACACAGCCCAGCAUCCCUGUGGUGACACUCCACAACAUCUCAGAAGACAUCUUCAUCCGGGUCCUCUACUACAUCUACAGUGAUGAUACAGAGCUGUCACCAGAAAAUGCCUAUGACGUGCUGUGUGUGGCAGACAUGUACCUGCUGCCUGGGCUCAAGCGCCUGUGUGGCAGGACCCUGGCCCAGAUCCUCGAUGAGGACAACAUCAUCAGCAUCUGGAGGAUCGCAAAGCUGUUCCAGCUGACCCGGCUGGAGGACCAGUGCACGGAGUACAUGGCAAAGAUCAUUGAGAAGCUGGUGGAGUUGGAGGAGUUUGCGGCUGCUGUGAAGGAGAACGCGGAGGCUGUGGAGGAGCGGCAGGAGACUGACUCCAUUCCUCUGGUCGAUGACAUCCGCUUCCACAUCACCAGCAAUGUGCAGACUUACAGUGCCAUUGAGGAAGCCAACCAGAAACUUGAAGCUCUGGAAAACCUCCUGGCCAGUAUAGGGCUUGAGUGCUGAUGAGUGCAAGCCCUGCUUGUCAUAUGCAGCCUGCGUAGCCCUCACUGGGUUGGCUCAGAGUGCAAGAACAUCCCAGUUCCUCUUCUCAUUCUUUGUCCUCCUUCCCAUCCACUUUCAGGCAUGAUUUCUUUUUAAUUUAUUUGUGUCUGGACAUUUGCAUUUCUGGUUUGUGUUUGGUUUUAUUUUGGUUUUUGUUUCUCCUUUCAGAAGUAGCUCCCAGAGCUCAUCCCAAAUCGUAGCUGCUCCUUUUUACAACACAGUGCAGACAGGAGACUGUGAGCUGUUGGGGGUGGUGAUGGAGCUGUUUUGGGGACUUCUACUGCCUGGGGUUAGGACCCAUCCUGUUCUGUUGCCCAACAACACACUUCUGGAACUGGCUCAUGCCAGAAUAUUUGUUGAAUUACCACCAGCAGAGGAAGAAAACUGGAUUAAACUCUACAAAUAAGUAUAUGAGAAGGGAGGUCAGCACUGUCACUGUCAGCAUUUUAAGACUGGCAGAGGUGGGUAGUGCUUUCCCGCCAGGGACACAGAGGUACUUGACUAUGUAGAAGGCACUGUCUUCACCUGCUAUUUUAGUUCUUAGAUGAAAAAAACCAAACAAAACAAAACAAAAUAAUUUCCAAGUCUUCCCUAGCAUUUCAUUGCUUUGAAGUGCUCAGAAAAAAAAGCUUUACUUUCUGAACAGGCAUCUUUGGGAAUACAGUAGAGACCAGAGUCCUUCCAUUCUUAGAAAGCAGUAGCUUUCAAUGCACAAAAGAAGGCAGAGCAACCCUUUUCUUCCUAACAGAGGAAGGAAACACCUUCUUCUCAGAAACAGCACUUUUCCCUUUCUUUUUGUCUAUUGUGGUAGAGCAAAGCUGACUUGCUGGUGGGUCAGGGAAGAAAGGGCACUGGAAAUCUUUUUUAAAAGGAAAAGGGGUCUUUUGGGGCCUCACAAGGCUGCUGUCCCACUCAUCAGCCUUCUAGCUUUUCUCAACCUUGAGCUUUGUAGCUUCAUUGUUCUCCAGGAAAUUCACUGUUUGUACUAACGAAUGUUUUUGAAUCUGUGUUCUGCAGUAGGUCGUGUUAUCUCGUGUUUUCUCCCUGGAUUCCUAAUGAGGGUAAUGAUGUUCUUUCUCCUUAGCACUAGUCAGCAGGCAGUACCCCUGCAUAAAGCUUGUCUUGCCAAAUAGGCUGCCCUUGGCGCUGUCCGUCUCUGGAAUGGUGUGUCAGGAGAGUCUCUGGUCUCCAAGGCACAGGCUGGGUGUGCUUUGCUGUGCUGUGCAUUGGGAGGGAGAGGAGGCACUGAGUGAAGCACAUAGGGAAUCUUGCACGGGCACUGGGCUGCCAUUACCACUGCAUAUUGUCAUUUUGGUCACUUUGUGAGGCAAGAUUUUGAAAUAAUCUGUGUCAGGUGCGCUUUUAUUGUGUGAUGUGGGAACUGGACAUGGAUCCCUUGCAGCUUCAGGGUGUUGCUUUCUGUAAUGGUGGUGGUGCCUCACACAGGAAAGGAAAGCACCUGCCUGUACCUGGCCUGCAUUGAAGCUGUUGACAAGGCUGUGGGCAGGCUCAGGGCUGUGGGCAGGCUCAGGGCACCACCUGCUCUAGGCAGAGUGGGUUCAGUUGCAGUGACGAGGGAACACUGGGCUUUGGCCACUGUACUUAGGGGAAGCUGGACUUUGGCAAAAUCAUGUGACAGGAUUGAGUUGCACUUAACAGAAGCUGGGGACAGAGGUGGGGCGGGGGGAGCAGGGAUGAGGUUCAUUGACAUAACUGAGCCCCAGAUGCUUGUGCACUUUGUCAUCUGGGUUUAACUGGUGUCUCUUGCAGAUCAAGUCUCAAGUUCAAGCAGGGCGUGCUUCAAUUCUGUUUCAAAAUGCUUGUGAGGAAGUGCAAGGAGCUGUUGUGGUUUGUUUUCUGCUGCCAUAUUAGUGUGAGGGAAGAGAUGUGUCCCUGCAGGAGUGUGUUGCUGUGUGGAAGCAGGAAGCAGCAGGAGUGUGCUGGUGACGUGGAGAGAGCUGUACAUCUGUGGAAUGUACCUACACGUCCAUCUCUGAGCUCAGUGUGGCUUUGACAGGACCCCUAAAGAGCCCAGCCCAACUUGUACUGAUAAAAGCAUCUCCAUGAACUUCAGGAGGGGAAGGGCUAUUAGGAAAGCUUUACUUUGAAGUCCCAUAUAUUUUGGAAAAGAAGGGUGAAAGCAGAACUGCUUGUUUUCAUGCUGUCAGGCUUAUGAAAGCCUGAUACAGAAACAGCUUAACCCAGCUGGUUCAGUUCCCCUGCGUUUCUCGUCCCUACAUGGCUGAAGAUGACACUGAACAUAAGCAGGAUGUUUAGUUUAUCACAUCCCUUCUACUCCUCCAGCAUAAAUUCCACAUCUGACAUCUCAGUAGUUGGCUUUCCACAGCAAUGGCUCUGACAUCCCUGCACAAGGCUUGCAUGGAGCCACCAGAGAACAGAAUGUGGCCUUUGCCUUCUGCUUGUACUGAGCGAGAUGCAGAAGCAGGAUUACCAAAGAAUGUGUUAAUGCUUUUCUCUGCAGAUGCCUCAGCUGCUAAAGCAAAUGGACACUGGCAAUGGGCAAAGCAGGAGGGAGGCAGAGGAGUGGCAGCAGUGCUGGGAAGUGUUUUCCAUAUGGCUGCUCUUGAAUAAUUCCAUUCCUGCGUCCUUAAGCGUGGAGCAAGUGAGGCUGCAGUUGUACAUGUGGGAGGAAAGGUCAGUGUGGCCUUUUGAUCUGCCUCCCCAGUAGUGCAAGUCCACGUGGGCUUCCAAGCAAAUGCCUCAUCUGUCUGCGUGCACUUAGUGGUCACAUCUGUGAGGUCUGUCAGAUUGUCCAAUUACUCGAGAUCCUUUAACCCCCCCAUGCCUUUUGGCAAAAUAGGGCUAUCCAAAAGCAUGCAUAAGCAGAUGGUCAGCAUGCAGGCAAGCUCUCUAAUUAAGAUGAGCCAGGACAAACUUAGAUUUGAAUUCACUUUAUUCUUGCUGCAAAUGAUUUUAUCACAAAAUAAAAACCUUCUGAUUUUUCUUCUGUUGCCAGCGUCCUUUUUGUGUUUUGUUGCCUCUGUCCUUUUUAUUUACUUCUAGCCACUUGCUGAAAUAAAAAGAUUGUAAAAUUUAUCAGAGCAACAUUAUAUUUAAGAAGAAAUGUGUAAGCAUGUGUGCAGCAAUAAAAUAGUCUAUUUCACUAUA